AUGGACACUUGGCGAAAAAACGACAACAUAUUCCGAUAUUUGCAUCGUAUCAACCCAUCGGUUGACCUCCACGGCGAGUGGUGGCUCUACCUCGGGGCACUCACCAAUCUUUGGGUCAUCUUUUGGUGCGUCCUCGACUCCUACUUCGUAAUCGGCGGCAGCCUCAGCCCCAAGGAAAUCAUCAUGGACUCCUUGGGCCUGCUCUUCCUUUUCAAUCUGGACGACAUUUCUGGUGAUGUGCAGUUCGUCAGCGGAGACGCUUGGCCGGGCGAUCGCUUGGGCUGGGUCCAUGACAAGGUUGUGGCUGUAGACUACCAGCCCCCCGCGGGCAUGGUAGAGUGGGAUCACGCGCUUCGUUCUGGAAACUUGGCGCUUGGGGCCUGGCAUUGGAUGAAAUGGUUCGCUGGGACCUGCAUGGCCUGGGCAAUCAAAGCCCUGCAGUACCUGACCGCGGUGUAUUGCGCAGUGAUGGUAGUGGUGUUGCCGGUGCUGGUCGCCGUCACGCCGUUCUUGGAGCUCACUCCGCAGGCGGAGAAGGACAUCCCGUCGACUUUGGCGACCGCGGCGCCGACGUUUUCGACGCCGCCUGCUGAGUGA